AAACAAUCUGAGAGAGAGAGAGAGAGAGAGAGAGAGAGAGAGAGAGGGCGAAGGGGUCCAAGAAGUUGCUUGCGCGCCGCGCAAGAAACGGAUAAACUAUAUAAAGCCGCAGUUCUGGCGCAGGCAUUUCAAUUUCGUUUCUUUCCUGCUCCUGUCACCCCCGUUUGCCAAAAUCAUUUUCUUUACUUCCUCUCUCUGUCUCUCAACAUAGGAUUCAUCGAUUAAUUUUCCUCUAAUGACUACUUCAUUGUUGCUUUUCUGAUAAUUCAUAUAUUUUUUUAGAGAGAGAAUUGAAUGGGUGCUUACAAGCGCAUAAUUAAGUUAGGCGUGAAUUCGGGAAUUCGAUUAUCCAAACUGCGAGGGAUUAAUGCAGCUUCCGACAUAAACAGGCUCCAACAGGUUGGUUCUUCGGGCUAUUCCUAUAGUUCGUUGUCAUCAAAUUCGUCCGGCUACAGACUGGACUAUAGGCAGAUCUCCCAGCUCGUUAAACCAGCAGGGAAGCGGGUUUAUCUUGUCGACACGCUUGCUUUGGUUAGGAGUCUAGAAGCUCAAGGCAUUCCUUCAAAGCAUGCAGAGGCAAUAACUUCAGCAAUGACUUUGGUUUUGGAUGACAGUUUGGAAAAUAUAUCACAAAAUCUUAUUUCAAAAGCUGAGAUGGAGAAAAUUGAAUUGGCACAGGAAGCAAAUCUUUCAAAGUUCAAGUCUGAAGUACAAAGUUCCCAGGAGCACCAUUUUUCUCUGCUGCAACGUGAGGCUGAAAAGCUCCGAACUGAUAUUGAGAAAAUGCGCGGUGAACUGAGGUAUGAGAUUGACAAGGUUACUGCCGGACAACGCUUGGAUUUGAAUCUUGAAAGAGGGCGCAUCCGUGAUGAGCUUACCAAUCAGAGUGCUGAGACCACCAAUCUCACAAACAAGCUUGACAGGGAAAUUCAUGCACUGAGGGCUCAUCUGGAAGCAGCAAAGUUUGAUGUUAUCAAAUACUGUAUAGGGACACUUGUAUCCAUAUCUGCUGUUGGUAUCGGAGUGAUUCGUAUAUUUACCGCCAAGCAUUAAUGAGGUAGUACAUUAAGAAGGAACUAUAAGAACUAAAUUCUUUUGAUCAGCAUCACAAUUUGAAUUGAAUUGGGGGAUUCAUCUUUUUCAUGCUCGUGACAUUGAGAGUUUAGAAAUUUUCUGUUAGGCAAUGACAAAUUCCCGAUUGCCCCCGUUUAUUUUGUAUUCAACUGGUUCAGCAAAUGUUUAAUAAAUAUCUUGUGAGAUGGGUUUUCUCGUA